UUUUUUAAAAAUAAAAUUUGAUAAUUAAUUAUGAGCUAAAUAAAAUUCAAUCAAGCCGCCGAAUUCCAGCUAUGAGAAUUGGGUUACAGGAGCCCUAUAUCCCUACAACAAAUCGUGAACCACCAAAAACAAAUACUCGUAGCUCUUACAAAAACAACAACCCACACACCCACACACUCUCUCUCUCUCUCUAAAACAUGCAGAGGCAGUCGCUGGGUUCGCCGUCGUCGAAGCUGGUGAAAGAUGAGCAGCUGCAAUCCCAAUCUGCUUCAUCAUCUGCAUCAUCAAGUGUUGGCUGCGGAGAGGAAUGCCGGCAAGAAGAAGAGCUCAAAAAGCUCAAGCCCAAAUCCGCCAUGCCUCACUCCUACAUUCACCUUAUCCCUCUCCUCACCCUCCUCUGCUUCCUCAUUCUCUAUCUCUCCUCCCACAAUCCCUCUCUAAACGAUUUGGCCGAGUUCAAUGGCGUCAAGCCUUUUUCUGACACUGCUGAAAAUAAUAUUUCGGAAUUGCAACGGAUAUUGGAGAUUGGGAAAGGCGAUAUAUUGGCCGUACGGAGCUUGAAGAACUUAAAGCAGGAGGCCAAGCACCGGCGCCUCCACCGCAAAAUCGCCCAUUUUUAGGCCUCCCUCUCUCUCUCUCUCUCUCUCUGCUCAAUUUUUUUAUUCACAACUCUCUCUCUCUCUCUCGUGACAAAUUUACAUCAUUUGGAUUUUAGUUUUCCUCAUGGCUCCAUCUGGGGGGACUUCUGUCGGUGGCAUCUCUCAAUUGUGGCUUCUUUCUUCUUCUUCUUUUUUCUUUUUCUUUUUCUUUUUCUUUUUCUUUUUCUCUCCAUUUCUAAUGUGAAUUUGAUGGCGAUUUUAACUAUUUGUACACGUGUAUUAAUUUUUGUGCCCAUCUCUAGUUAUGAAUUAUUGAUUCCUCUA